UCGAGGCAGCUGCAGAGCCAGCCUGGAGUGUGGAGUGAGAACUUCCCAGCCCCUGUGUGCCCUGGAGAUGAUUGCACUGCUCCUGCUCUCUGCCCUGCUCUGGGACCAGGCUGCAGCCUGGGGCUUCAAGGAUGGAGUGCUGCACAACUCCAUCUGGUUAGAGCGAGCGGCGGGCGUGUAUCACCGCGAGUCGCGCUCCGGCAAGUACCGGCUCACCUACGCCGAGGCCAAGGCGGUGUGCGAGUACGAGGGAGGACACCUGGCCACGUACCAGCAGCUGGAGGCAGCCAGGAAAAUAGGUUUCCACGUGUGUGCUGCUGGCUGGAUGGCAAAGGGCAGGGUUGGUUAUCCCAUAGUAAAAGCUGGAGCCAACUGUGGCUUUGGCAAGACUGGAAUUGUUGAUUAUGGAAUUCGCCUCAACAGGAGCGAGAGGUGGGACGCCUACUGCUACAACCCCAACGGGAAGGAGUGUGGCGGGGUGUUCACGGACUCCAAACACGUGUUCCGCUCGCCGGGGUACCCCAACGAGUACGAGAACGAGCAGAUCUGCUACUGGCACAUCCGCGUCAGGUUCGGGCAGAGGAUCCAGCUGCAGUUCCUGGAGUUUGACGUGGAGGAGGACACGGCCUGCCUGGCGGAUUUCCUGGAGGUCUACGACAGCUACGACGACGUCAACGGCUUUGUGGGCAGGUUUUGUGGAGAUGAGUUGCCAGAUGACAUCAUUAGCACAGGGAAUGUGAUGACGCUGAAAUUCCUGUCGGACGCUUCGGUCACGGCCGGGGGGUUCCAGAUCCGCUACAGCACCCUGGACACUGCCAGCAGCAGGAAUUCCUCAGCCCCAGGAAAAACCAACUUUUUGGCUGGGAAAUUCGGGAUUAUGUGAGCACAGGAGUUUUUAUUUGUGUCUUUUUUUUUUUAUCUCUGAGGUUUCCUCUUUGGCUGUUUUGUUAAUAAAUCAGCUAGGGAAUAAAUUAUGAAAUAUGUUUAUAUGGAUCAUAGAAAAUGGUUCAUAUAGGAGUAAAAAUAGUUGUACAGUAGUACUGUAAAAAUCUGAAUUCAUUGCUACCAAAGACUUCAAAAUCAUUUUUCUAUCUCAACUUCUCCUCAUUUCUUGCACCACUUGAACAGAUUUUUAUGUGACUGUUCUGAUCAUUUUUAAACUUAACAGGCUCUUCUUAUUUCCCUUGAUUUCCACAUUAUUUAUUUUUUAGACUGUUGCUUUUUUUUCCCCUGUUCUCUACACAUUAUUGUUAUUUUCUGAUUUUCUUGAGCUCUUAAGGGCCUUCAGUGUAAGCUUAUUUUUAAGACACAAAAAUUCAUCUUGUGGAUGCCUGGCAGCCACCCAGGUGAAGAUGGGGAAGCAGCACGGGAUCAAAGUUGGAUCCACACUUUAAUUUUAUUAUCAGAUCGAUCAGAAAUCAGAUGGAUUCAGCUUUUCCUCAUCCAAAGAGUUGCUGAAAUCUUUUCACUUGGUAAAAAAUUAAAGCAAUGACUUUGUAAUGAGAAGAAAAGUGAUGAAGCAGCAGCAGGAGGAACUUCUCACCAAGACACCACGGAGGUGUUGGGUGUUGUUUACAUGGGUUUAAAACCCUUCUGCUUUUAAUUGCUUAAACUUAAAUUAAGAAGGAAUUUCAAUCCUUCUCCAUUUGUUUUUAACUGAAGCAGCAUUAAAGCUACCUCUGUUCUAACCACA